UCAGUGCGAUGCCGGUUCCGCUCAGGACGGGGAUGUAUCUUCGAGGUGCGUUCCCGUAGAAGCGUGCAUUUAGAAUCUCGCGUGGCCAAGCUGUCGAUCCGUAUAAUUAAAAACAAUUUCAAGUAUAUCAUUAACGAGAUUAAAGUUCACCUGGAAAUCCGCACGUUAUUAUAAAUAAAUCAAGAGUACAGUGUAUGCAUAAAUAAAUCUUCAAACGGCAAAAUUCCCGCAACAAUUUCCACCGCGUUGGAGAUUUCGGUACAGUAUAAUACAAAGCAUUUGAAAUCCAUCAUUUUGUGAAAAAUAGUGAUUUGCGGAAGCUGAAUAUGCGGUGUCGACGAUAUUAAAAAAUUCAAACAAUGUAGUUUUCACCAUAAUAUCGAACAAUCGUAAAAGACGGUAGUAGAAAAAAAAAAGAAAAGAAAAAAAAAGUGUACGAUCCUUGACAUUCCUUUCUAAACCUGUAUAACGUACAAGGUAUAAUAUAUGCCUGUAUAACAUACUAGUGGAAAUUAACAGCACGUGUAUUAUAAAAAACGCAAAUAAUUGACGCACGUGUGGUGCCCGCGAAGCUCGAUAAAAUCGCGUAAACUGGUAUCGUAAAUUCAUUGACACGGUCGCUUUCGGAUACAUUACAAGUUCGAAGCGUGCGACACGAAACGCGGCGAGGAAAACCUGAUUUCGAAGCUGGGGCUUCGGCGAGUAAAAAGCGCUCCAGCAUCACCAUCGCCGUCAUCGUCGUCAUCGUCAUCGUCGUAUCUGGCGAGGUGCAUUAUCCUCGGCCGUGUGUGUAUCGUGCGGUGUGCGGUCGUUACGGCCGACCUGCGGCACCGCGGCACUGUCAUCUGCUUUCGGAGAAGGGUGCGGAUACCGACGUGUAAAAGUUGUGUGAUGGGAUCUUGGUGUGCGCUCAGCGCCAGGAUACGUGGAUGUGUAGCGAAGUUAAGCGUUGAAAAUCGGAUGCAUCAGCGGGGCCAAGGAUGCCCUCGAAGAAGCAGUAUAACCUCGUUCACAAUGACGAUUACGACACGAGAAUCCCGCUUCACAGCGAAGAGGCUUUUCACCGCGGUAUCGUCUUUCACGCAAAGUUCAUCGGGUCCCUCGAAGUACCGAGGCCAACGAGCAGAGUGGAGAUCGUGGCGGCGAUGCGCAGGAUCCGGUACGAGUUCAAAGCUAAAGGAAUCAAGAAGAAAAAAGUGACGCUUGAGGUCUCCGUCGACGGUCUGAAAGUUACCCUCAGAAAGAAGAAGAAGAAACAGCAAUGGAUGGACGAGAACAAAAUGUUCCUCAUGAAUCAUCCGAUUUACAGGAUAUUUUACGUAUCUCACGAUAGUCACGAUUUGAAAAUAUUCAGCUACAUUGCCCGGGAUGGAAACAGCAACUCUUUCAAAUGCAACGUCUUCAAGUCGAGCAAAAAGAGCCAGGCGAUGAGGGUGGUCAGAACUGUCGGUCAGGCUUUCGAGGUUUGCCACAAACUCAGUCUCAACUCGGCCCCGGAGGAUCGUGACAGGGGAAGGGAUCCUCUUCACCAGGACGACGAUUACGAUCAGGAUCAGGACGAAACAGCGAGCGAUCGACCGCCGCCGACUCCUCCGCCGCUUCACAAAGAAAUUUCGUUACUCGCCCCGCCGAUAGACGCCGAGGAUUCUGCGCCCGAUAUUACAACCUCUUGCCUGUCGAGAUCCCAGGAUGCACCCGUCGUCACAGCUUCAACGACACCCGUCAGACAAUCGCCGUCGCAAGCGACGAUGGUAUCCGAUUGCGGGCUGCUUGUCGGAGGAGAGCUGACCGCCUUGAAGCACGAGAUCCAACUCCUCAGGGAGCGUCUGGAGCAGCAGAGCCAGCAAACACGAGCGGCGGUUUCCCACGCCCGACUCCUUCAGGAUCAGCUAGCAGCCGAAACGGCAGCUCGAGUGGAAGCCCAGACUCGGACGCACCAGCUCCUCGUUCAGAACAAGGAACUCCUCGAGCACAUCGGCGCCCUGGUUGGACACCUUCGGGAGCAGGAACGCGGGGGUGGCCACGGGACUGCCGGGCCCCAAGCGGUCCCCGGGGCCCCGAUGUCGGCGACGACGACCGUCCCUGACCUCUCGACCCUCGGCCAGUCUCAUCGAGCCGGGGCUCCAAGUUCACCCUGGGAGUUGGACCCACCUUCGUUCGCUUUCUACUCUUACCCAACGGAGGCAAUUUACUCACCAAACGCGACCGCCGUUCUCGGUAGCCAGGGGUUCAACUCCUCCAACGAACAGCUCCACUUCCAAACACAGCUCCUCGAACGCCUCCACAACAUUAGUCCCUAUCAACCUCAGCCACAACGAUCGCCCUACGCCACGCCUUCACCUUAUCCCAUGGGAACCGGUCUUCUUCUACCGCCAAACAACACGAGACAGACGAGCUCAACACAGGUAUCCCCAAACUCGACAUCGCUGAGGGUCUCGCAGGCGAACAGCUUCUCACCGUCUCCAGUGAUGCUGCACAGGGGUGAAAACUACGCGUCGUCGAGUUUGGAGAGCAACAUCGAAGACCAGCAGCAGCAGGCCGCGGCGUUCAUCAAGCCACUUCCCCACGGUUUACAGCCACAAUCUGAGCUGCGUCUCGACUCUCAGCGGCUAAGAAUUCCCCCAACGGACUCGCAGGAGCCUCCACCAAUAAUCCUGGAUCCUCCACCGCCCGGGAGACGUUCGAUAUCGAAGAGCAACGGGCGUGGAAACGGCCUCGUGAGGAUCACCGAAGGUGUGAAAACCGGGACUGAGGUGCAGGCGAAAAACGAGCAACUCGAAUCAGCCGCCGGAAAGCCUCACGAGGGUCAAAAACACCUGGUGCAUUUUUUGCGGACACCCGGACCGCCGCCCUCCAGGACUACAAGUGCCAAACUUCCGUCUCGCAGCGAGCCGAUGAGUCAGGUGCAAAGGUCAGCCUGGGCUCGACACACGACUAAAUAAUAAGGACCACUAACAAUAAGCUCGCAGGGUGGCGUUUCAGCCGAAAAAACGUCGUUCCGUGAUUUUUUCGAUCGUCUGAAAUUCACGGAGAAGACACAGCAAUAAAGAAAAACGUAUUAUGCACAUAAUUUUGAAAUUCGAAUCCUUCAGUCAUUCUGAGUGUUAGUAACUUCACUCUCGAACAGGGUUCAAAUAUAUUUUGCGGAUCAGGCUAUUACAGUUACGUGCGAGUGAUAAUCCGGUUAAAUAGACCCGGAUCAUGGGUCAAUAGCGAAUAUGCGUUUACACACCGCACGUAAAGAUUUUCCGAAGCUUGUCCGUAAGCUUCUACUUUUACACGGAAAAACUGUAAAGCGAUCAUAUCAUAAUCUAGAAAAUUUAGCGUGUACAUAUUAUAUCAUAGUAUAGGAUAUAUAAAUCGAAAGACAUAUAUUUUUCGUUUCAAUUCAUCCGCAACUUUAUAUAUUAUACCUAUAUAUAUAUAUAACCUGCACACAAUACGCACUCUAUAAAAUAAAUAUUCUUAUAUCCCGCGCGAAUCAUAGAUCAGAUGCAAUAAAUUGAGCAGCCUUGGUAAUCGUAUGAGGCGGCGAAAUCACAUAUCAAAAAUUGAAGAAUCAACUCAUCCAUCCGUACGAUGCACGUGCGUAAAUCGACAAACUAUCCCCCGGGACAGAAGAGCGGACGAUUUAUCGACUAGAUCUAAUCGUUACGAAGUUAAUAAAUCACCGUUACAACUCCCCCAGGAUUUUCCAUCAUGGUUGGAAGAAUUCCCCGAUGGGUAGUUUAUGCGUUGUCAGCCGCAGAGCUUUUGUACCUUUAGGUAUUACAGGAUAUGUUUCAGGGAUUUCUGUCGCAGCUAACGGCUGCACGAAAUUUACUCAUGUUUGGGGAAAGUUUGUUUCAACCGGCAGCUAAUUUCAGGGUUCAAUGGAUCAAAUCUUCGCGAGGUCUUGAUCCAGAGUUUUUUAGAUUAAGGUGUAAAUAAAAAUAUAGUAUGUCGUCUCGACAAUGAUCGUAACGAUCAUAGGUGCAAUAAUCGGUCGUAAAUACUAUAUAAAAUUUUAGUAAGAAGCAAUGGAAGAAGAAUAGUAAAGCAGGACCCAACUAAUCGCAGUUGUUGUACACCCUUCAUAUCUUAAAGCGCGAUUCAUGCA